AUGAUUCGCAAACAAGCUCGCCAACGGCGAGACUACCUCUACCGGAGGGCAGUUAUCCUCAAGGAAGCCGAGAUUAGCGAGAAGCGCGCCAAGUUGCGGAGCGCCAUAGCCGCCGGUCGAUCGAUAGACUCCUCGGUUGCUCAAGAUAAGGACCUGCGAAAAGAUUUCCAGUAUGACGAGUCCAGGCAGGAUCUGGACGCCAAUGAGAUGGCCGACCUCGACGACGAGUACCACCUCUCGGGUAUCCAGGACCCGAGGAUACUAGUAACAACCUCCCGCGAUCCUUCCAGCCGGCUUGCGACCUUCUCCAAGGAGAUCAGGCUCCUUUUCCCGACCUCCGUACGCCUUAACCGUGGCAACCUCAUCUUGCCGGACCUCCCAUUUCCCCACGGCCCCACGGCCUCGUUUUCUCUGCACAACGUGGUCCUUCGUGGCGAUAUCCCCGGCAGCUUGCGCGGCACCGUGAGCGAACAGUUCCCUCGCCUCAUAUUCGAUGGCUUCGAAACCCGCCUUGGCCAACGCGUGACCAAGAUUCUAAAAAUCUAUUUCCCCCGGGACCCUCUCUCCGAUAAGUCCAAGAUUGGAAGUCGUGUUAUAACGUUCAAGAAUAUUGAGGACAGCGUAGAAGUGAGGCAUCACGUUUUCGUCAAGACUUCGUAUGAUCGUGUCGAACUCGCCGAAGUUGGCCCUCGAAUGACGAUGAGGCUGUUUGAGAUUCGCUCCGGCACCUUGGAGAACAAGGAUGGGGAUGUCGAGUGGCAUCUGUCGCAAUAUACGAGGACGGCAAAGAAGAAGAAUUACCUUUAA